UAGCUGGGGAUUUCUCUACGGCUUUGUGCAACAAACAGCCAAGACGUCUUACGCAAUGAGAGGCGAUCGGGGAAGGGGCCGGGGUGGCCGGUUCGGCUCCCGGGGCGGUCUUGUACAAGGAUACCGGCCCUUUGUCCCACACAUACCCUUUGAUUUUUAUGUGUGUGAGAUGGCAUUCCCACGGGUAAAGCCUGCCCCUGAUGAGACAGCCUUCAGUGAGUGUCUAUUGAAGAGAAACCAAGACCUCAGUCCCACCCCUGCUGAACAGUCCUCCAUUUUGUCCCUGGUCACGAAGAUCAACAAUGUAAUUGACAACUUAAUUGUAGCUCCUGGAAACUUUGAAGUGCAAAUUGAGGAAGUCCGCCAAGUUGGAUCAUACAAAAAGGGCACCAUGACAACAGGGCACAAUGUGGCUGACCUGGUGGUUAUCUUAAAGAUCCUGCCAACCUUGGAAGCAGUGGCGGCCUUGGGAAACAAAGUGGUGGAGACUCUCCGUGCUCAGGACCCUGCUGAGGUACUGUCCAUGUUGACCAAUGAGACGGGCUUCGAGAUCAGCUCGGCUGACGCCACGGUGAAAAUCCUCAUCACCACUGUCCCACCGAACCUGCGCAAACUGGACCCUGAGCUCCACUUGGACAUAAAGGUCCUACAGAGCGCUCUGGCUGCUAUCCGCCACGCCCGAUGGUUUGAGGAAAACGCUUCUCAGUCUACGGUGAAAGUCCUGAUCCGUCUGCUGAAGGACCUGAGGGUUCGUUUCCCUGGCUUUGAGCCUCUAACCCCCUGGAUCCUGGAUCUACUGGGACAUUCUGCAGUUAUGAAUAACCCUUCAAGACAACCUCUGCCACUCAACGUUGCAUACAGACGUUGUCUUCAGAUGCUAGCCGCUGGCCUAUUCUUGCCAGGUUCGGUGGGCAUUACGGAUCCCUGUGAAAGCGGAAACUUCCGAGUACACACAGUUAUGACUUUAGAACAGCAGGACAUGGUUUGCUUCACAGCCCAGACGUUAGUGAGGGUACUGUCUCACGGAGGUUACCGGAAGAUCUUAGGUCUGGAAGGCGACGCCAGCUACUUGGUGAAAGAAAUGUCCACAUGGGAUGGGGUAAUCGUCACUCCAUCUGAGAAGGCCUACGAGAAGCCUCCAGAACGGAAGGAAGAGGAGGAUGAGGCUCUGGAUGAAGGAGCAGAGGGAGAAGAUGAGAGCAUGGAAACGCAGGAGUGA